GGUGUUUUUCUGUGACCAGGGCAAGGCAAUUUUCCUCAAAAGUGAAUGUUCCCUCUCUGACAAGUCUUUGCCAGUUAUCCCUAUCCUGGGCUGCUGUCUCCCAGUGUGUGGUGUCAAUGCCACACUUCUUGAUGUUAUCUUGAAGGUGUCUUUAAAGCGUUCCUUUUGGCCUCCCUGUUUCCUUUCUCCUUUGGGCAUGGCAACACUUGCGAGUUACAGCACAUUAAAGCAGCCCAGUGUGCUCUAACUCACGACGCAUCCACACUGGCAAGGCACGUAGAGCACUCUGACUUCGCGGCUAGAGCGCUCUUGGUACUCCACCUCAGCGAGUGGAAUAACGUUUGAUGCACCCCCGCUGGAGUGCCGCGGCGCCAGUGUGGAUGCCCUGGUCUGUUAAUGCGAUCUGAUCAGCCUCCAGAAGUGUCCCACAAUGUCUGUCCUAGCCACUCUGGUCAUCACUUUGAACCUAUACUGCCCUACCCUCAGGUGCCAAACCAUCAGACCCGCCCUUUAAAUUCUCUGGGAAUUCUGAAAAUCCCCUUCCUGUUUGCCCAUCCAGGCGUGGAGUACUCUCAGCGAAUCUUUCCAGGUGACAGUGCCUCCAUGUGCCAGGCAAUCCCCAGUAUGGAGCAAUGGCGAGGUGCUGGACCUCAUCAGUUUUUGGGGGGAGGAAGCUGUCUAGUCACAGCUGUGCUCCAGCCAUAGGAAUUCUGAUACCUUCGGGCAGAUAUCAAGGGACAUGAUAGAAAGGGGCCAUGACCGGGACUCACUGCAGUGCAGGAUUAAAGUGAAGGAGCUGCAGAAUGCCUACCGCAAAGCCCGCGAGGUAAACUGCUGCUCCAGUGCUGCCCCUGCGACCUGCCGUUUCUACAAAGAGCUGGACGCGAUACUUGGGGGCGACUCCACCUCCGCUCUGAGUACCACCAUGGACACUUCAGAGCCCAGUUCAACAAGGCAGGAGGAGGAGGAGCAAAGCGGGAGUGAGGGUGCUGAGGCGGAGGAAGACACCCCGGAAUCCCUAGAUGCAUGCAGCCAGGAGCUGUUCUCAAGAUGCAGCUUUGAGAUCUCAGCCGUCCAUGUUAUCACCGGCCAAGAGACUGCAAAGAAUCAGGAAGAGGCUACGUAGAAGCAAAGAAGACAUGCUGCAUGAAGUAAUGCAGCAGUCACUUAACACAAAUCUAAAAGCACAGGAGUGGAGGGAGAGUGAAAGGAGGAUCUGCCAGCAGAAUGUGGAUCGCCGGCACAAAAGCUCGGAGCUCCGGCAGCAAAGCACGGAUUGGCUGAUAAGCAUCAUGGAGCACCAAGUGGACUCGAUCCAGGCGCUUGUAGCCAUGCAAGCGGAGCACUACUGCCCCCCCCCCCCCCCCCCCCGCAGCCCUUGUCCCAAAACUUUUGUCCCCUGUGCUCCCAUGUCACCUCCAACCCACUUCCCCCAACAUCCGGGUUCUUACCGCUACCGGCUGCCUCCAACACCUGUAUCUUCACCAUCCAGCCCUGAAAACUAUGACCCUUACCCACUGCACUCAACCCCCAUCACAAUGCAGUAUAGCCAUCCUGAAGUGCGGCACUCAUUGCGCAGCACUCCAGGCAGGAAGGCUGAGUGUAAUAACAGGACAUACGCAAAUCUGUGAUUGUACCGUUCCCCACCCCACCCCCUUGCCCUUUCUGUUUCCCAAGCGGUUGUGUUUCUUUUCAAUAAAUGGAUUUUUUGGCUUUGAAAACAUUCUUUAUUAUUGCAUAAAGUAAAAGAUACCUUAGCCCAGGAAACCAACAGGCACUGCAAGUCAGCAUCGCAAACACAGAUCCUACUAACAUUGGAACCACUGCACUUCACUCCCAUGCAGGGCACCAAACAUUACUGGUGGCUUUCAGCCUCAGAUUGCUCCCUCAAGGCAUCCCUAAUCCUUGCAGCCCCAUGCUGGGCCCCUCUAAUAGCCUUGCUCUCUGGCUCUUCAAAUUCAGCCUCCAAGUGUUGA